AUGGCUACCAUACUACAGACCAAUCUAGGCAGGUGUAAAGCUGCUCAUGAUAUGGCACAGGCAGCAGCAAUGUCUGAAAAGAUAGAUAUACUAGUAGUUUCAGAACCAAAUAAAAAAAUUACCGCAAAGGAAGGCUGGUUCGUGAACGAUGCAAGAGAUAUAGCGGUGAAAAUAACUAAUAGAAAACUGGUUUUGGAGAAAGUAAAGAGGGAAAAAAAUUUCAUCCACCUGGUAUUACCUGGCUAUCACGUUUACGCAAUAUAUGUGUCACCGAACGUGUCCCUGGAAAAUUUCAAAGAAAAGAUAGACUCAGUGUUCGGAGAUGCGUCGAUACAAAAAGGUGGAAAAAUCAUAGUCGGAGAUAUUAACAGUAAAUCCCCCAUGUGGGGUGCCCCCUCGGCAGACAGAAGAGGCGAAUAUGUGGAAGAAUGGCUAUCACAAUUAGCAUGGACAGCAAUGAACAACGGAAAACCAACCUUCGUGAGAGGAUCGUCAAAAACGCACAUUGAUGUCACCCUUGUCCCGAAUACAUUCGCGAAGAAGAUAACAGAUUGGAAUAUAAAACAUGAAAAUCCAUAUACGUUGCAUGGUCACAUAUAUUUCAGAGUCAACACUAAGAUGCCAACAAAUAGAGGAGACACUGGAAGGGUGUCCAUCUUCGAUAAAGAACGGUUCAUAAAGGACCUUACAGAUAAUAUAAAUGCCAGCUCAACAGGCAGUGGUACUGAUAUGUACAAAAAGGCGCUACAAGCUUUGCAACGGUCCAAAAGGACGGAAAAAGAAAAACAAACCACGCACCCAUACUGGUGGAGUAGAGAUGUGGAAGUCGCUAGAGGAAAUUAUCUGAGAGCACGCAGGAACUAUACGAGAAUGGGAAGAAGAAAUCAUGGAAACAGGAACUCAGAAUGUGAAGAAAUGAGAAAACUCGGUAAGGAACUAAAAAAAGAUAAUUAA